AUGGCGCAGUCUGCAGCGGCAGCAGUCGACGGCCUGGCUGCUACUGCCGCUGCCGUUGCAGCGCAGGCUGCAGCGACUUCGCGCGAGCGCAGCAGCAGCAGCGGCUGGACAGACAGCGCAAGUGUCGAUUCGUUUUGCAGCGCAGUCAUGCCGCCAAGGCGGGGGGAUAGCAGCGCAGAGCAGCGGCAGCAGGAGGAGGAGGAAGUAGUCUACAUGGGCAGAAAUGCGCAUGUCAACUCGUGGGUGCCACCGUCCUUGUACGAAGACAGGAACCCCUGUAGCGGAGUGGCGAGUCAGCUGGCCUCGCCCUACUCGUCGUUGCAGCAGGCGAGCAGCAGGAGCCGCAGCAGCAGCAGCAGCACGAGCCGCAGCAGCGGAUCUACAGAGGCAGCAGCAGCAGCGGUUGGCUUGGAGCAGCAGCAGCAGAAGAAGAAAGGCAGUCGCUUAGGGGGCAGCAACUGCCGCUCCAGCGGAGUCUUGGAUCCCCCUGAGGAGGCCGAUGAAGAGACUCCCGAGGGUGCAGCAGAUCCCUCUGCAGACAGCGAUGUGUAUUUCACGGAGAGCGACGACGAGGAUCAUCGAGAGUACAGAAGAGGAGGUUAUCAUCCUGUUUCCAUUGGAGAAAUCUACGCAAACAGAUACCGCAUCGAGGCUAAGCUGGGGUGGGGCCACUUCUCGACGGUGUGGCUCGCGACGGACCUAAAGGCUGUGCCUUUGGAGUUUGUGGCCUUGAAGUUUCAGAAGAGUGCGCGGCAUUACACCGAAGCUGCUGCCGACGAGGUGCAGCUACUGACAAAAGUCAAGGAUGGCAUGCGACACCCCUGUUGGCGAGAAUCCGCGAAGUCCUUUUCGAAUGCGAUUCGAGAGCGGCAUGAGGCCGCUGGUGUCGCGUAUGAGGCUCCCCGGAAGCCGCCUCUUCCUCCUGUGGUGCUUUUCAAGGAGAAGUUUCAGCACACCGGCCCCAAUGGCAAGCAUAUGUGCCUUGUCUUUGAGAUGCUUGGGCCCAACCUGCUCUCUCUCAUCAAGCGAUACAACUUCCGAGGUUUGCCGCUUCCGCUGGUCCGCCGCAUCGCACACGAUAUUCUGCAUGGUCUUCACUAUCUGCAUGACGUUUGCGGGAUCAUUCAUACGGAUCUGAAGCCCGAGAACGUUUGCGUCUCGGCCUACCCGCUACCCCCCCCUAAUCCUCUCUCCGUGGCUUCAGUGACGAACCAGCAGCAGGAGCAGGAGAUCGAGGGACUCACAGCUGAGAUGCGCAAAAGGCUGAGGAAAAAGAAAAAGCGCAAGCAGCAGCGCCUCAAGAAGAAGGCGGCCGCUGCGGCUGCUGCGGCAGCCGCUGCAGCAGACGAAGACGCUGGACAGUCGGAGGAGGACGGAGAUGAGGAGGAGGAAGAGGGGGAGAAGCAGCAGGGGGAGGCAACAGCAGCUGCAGGCAGUGCAUCUGGCUCUGUAUGUUCUCCUGGAGAGUCCAGCAGCAGACUGCCUCAGCAGCAGGAGGAGCAGCAGCCUCAUGGGCAUCCUGCUCCUCCUUAUGUCAAGCAUCUCUUGAAGCCGAGUCGAUCAGAUCCCUCCCUGCUGACGUCCUAUAAGGAUCAGAUUCACGCCCUCCAGUGCUCGCUUCAGAAGCACAUGUACAAUUAUGUUGGCUACUCGCAGUAUCAGCCACAGUCCGCCUACUGCUGCCCCAACACAGGGGGUCGCAUUUUGUAUUGGCUUCCCAGUGAGCGGCCUCGGGAGGCUCUUGGGGAAGAUCACCUUGACGAUGCGGAGGAGGCAAAGAAUCGGCUGCCUCUGCUGCAUGACGAGCUGCUGCUUCACCCCGCAGCAGAUCGUCUGUACAACCAGAGGCUGAAGGAGGUCGCGCGGGAAAGCGAGAAGAAGCGGGAUGCACAUGGACAUCUCUUGUAUGGGCCUUACAUCAAACUCGAGAACGAUCAACAGGCGGAAAAAGACAUGACAGUUGUUCGAACUUCCGAGGGGCCAAUUUGCAUCAAGCCGCUGCCACCUACUUCCUUUGCGUUUGAGCAUCCGAACGCUGUUUAUAAGCUCUGUGACUUGGGAAAUGCCUGCUGGUCACAGGAGCACUUCACCGACGACAUCCAAACACGGCAAUACAGAUCGCCGGAGGUAAUCAUUCGUGCGGGCUAUGAUUGUACGGCCGAUGUGUGGAGUUUCGCGUGUAUGGUUUUCGAGUUGGUGACGGGAGACUAUCUCUUCGACCCGAAGAGCACUAGCGACUUUGAUCGAGAUGAGGACCACCUUGCCCUGAUCAUCGAGCUAGUAGGACCGAUGUCUCUCAACUUCGUAUCUCGCGGAAGACAUUCCCAUCGCUUCUUCCGCGAUCGUUCUACAGAAUUACGAAGGAUUGAUGAAUUGCGUUUUUGGCCUCUAGUAUCAGUCCUUAGAGAAAAAUACCACAUGGGUGAAGCCGAGGCCGUUGCUUUGUCGGACUUCCUCGUACCAAUGCUGGCAGCGGAUCCCCUGAAGCGUCGAGGGGCGAAGCAAAUGCUCAGUCAUCCCUGGCUUCGUUUGCGCACUCCCGAGGAUGAGAUCGCAUACUGCGAGAUGAGGAAUAACAUGCAUAUUUCCCGGCCUGAUCUGGACGCACCGCUGCUUACACUCUCCCCAGGUCGAACGAGUGGCGAUGGAUCUAAUGCCCUGUGCAGGGGGUCGGAGGUACCACACACGGCCGUCCCCCUGAGUGCCUCUGGCGCUGGGUGUAUGUACAGCGCGGGGCCGGGCUUUGCGCCGCUCGCUCCUGUGAUUGGAGUUUCGUCGCCGUAUGCACUGCAGCAGCAGGUGCAGCAGCAGCAGGAGCAGCUGCAGCAGCAGCAGCAACAGCAGCAUCACCACCCCCUCUAUGGGCCCCCAGCAGCCUCGAUGGUGCUCCCGGCUACGCGGGCAGGAAGCGGUGACUCCAGCAAUGAUCUAUUCGCACUCCAGCAGCAGCAGCAGAUCCUACAGCAGCAGCUGCAGCAGCAGCAAUUCCAGCAGCAGCUCCACCUGGGAGGUCUAGGCUGCCCGGUAGAUGGAGAUGGCAGCAACAAAGCGGCAGAGACUGCGGCAAGCCUAAUUGGUCCAUUAACGGGGACUACAACAGGCUGCAGCAGCACAGCUGUCACAGCAGCGAGCAGCAGCAGUGGGAAAGCCGCGGCAGCAGCAACGCCAGCGCUAGGAGCACCGGCAGCGUCUAGGGGCCUUGUGGGCUAUACGGGGCCAAGUGAUCCUCAAUAUUUCAGUGCGCCUCGCGAUUGCUGGGACUGUCAAUCUCCCCCCUCUUUCGCACCGAUUGGCAGCAGCAGCGCAAGCGCCAGCGCCAGCGCCAGCGCUAGUGCUGCUAGCGCCAGCAGCAGCAGCAGCAGCAGCAGCAGCGCGGUCACCAGCGGAGGCUGUGGCAUCAGACCCGAGCUCGCAGGGAUGGAUUGGAUGGUGAGGGGGUUCCAGACUUCAGCUGUUGCUGCUGCAGCAGCCGAUGCCCAGCAGCAGCAGCAAGGUCACCUCCAGAAGCAAUCGCAGCCGUCGGUCGUUCCGGCAGCCUGCGUCGAGCUGUUGCAGCGCAAGCAAGACGACGAGCUCUCCGGAGGAGCACCUUCUGGUGGUUUUUGCGAGAAACGUGUUGAUGGCCUUUAUCAGAUGGCAGGAACUCGUGUCACGCUUACCCCCGCCGAGACGGAGGGGCAGUCUUUGACUGCCGGCGUAGACUGGGGGGCCGUGAGAGGGUCCAUUCCAUGGAUCGCGGAAGCUCCGGUAAUGCAGCAGCAACAGCAGCACCAGCAUCAGCAGCAGCUAGAUCCGCAGCAGGAGCUGGAGCAGCAACAGCAGUUGCGACAGCAACAGCAAAUGCGGCGGCACGUGCAAGAGAUGCAGGAACGGAAGCAGGAGUUCUUGAGGCAGCAGCAAGAGCUCAACAGGAUGCUGAAGGGGGUGCAGCAGCUGCAGCAUGGCCUCUCAGGAAGCUCCUGA